CUGUCUGUCUGUAUAUCAAGCAGACUGCAAUACAAUUCUUAUCUGAAUGUUCAUGUACAAGUUCCUGGUAUUCAGAUUUACCUUUUUACCUUCAAACAUGUUGUGAUAUUGAAUCCCUCCCUCUGAACUAUAAAAGAUAGGACUCCUCAUUGACCAUCACCCAAUCUACCCUGAAGUUCUGAAAGUGAAGAUUUGACAUAAAGAUUCAUCAUGGCCGUCAUGAGAGCUCUUGUGCUUCUUUUCUUGGUCUUUUCUGUUGAGAAUGCAGCAGCUCAAGAUGACUGCUAUUAUGGAUGGACACCUUUUUGGAUGAAAUGCUACCAAUUUUUCUCUGAGUCAGUUGACUGGGCCACGGCUGAGAAAAACUGUCAAUUUUAUGGUGCAAAUCUUGCAUCUGUGCACGAUAUAGAGGAAAACAACUUUCUCCUGAGUCUGAUUGUGCCUCAUGUUGACAGACAUGUUUGGAUUGGUGGUCAUGAUGGUGAAAUUAAAGAACAAUGGAUGUGGACUGAUGGAUCUCCAUUUUACUAUACCAACUGGUGCCCUACAAAACCUGACAAUAAUUAUGACAAAAGGCACUGCCUGGAUAUAAACUAUAGCCCUGACCGUUGCUGGAAUGAUGACACCUGUUCAAACAAAAAGAGCUACAUUUGUGCCACACCCUACUACAUGAAAAAUCAAUCUGUUUCAAAAUUACUAUGAUUGUACUACAUGCAUAUACACAUUUGUUUCUAAUCUUAUCUUUAGAAUCUUUAAAAUAUCUUUGAAAUUAACUUUAAAAACUACCAAACCUUUCUGAAAACUUCUCAAAUCAAUAAAGCAAAUGUUGUGCAUUGUGUUAAAAUUGAGCCAUGUAAAAAGUACAGGUUGUUUUUAAAUUAAAAGUUUAUCAAAAACAA